AUGAUGAGGGGAAGCAGGACAGCGUCUUUGGACGCAGCCAAGGCUACAGCAUUGACAACAACUGAAAUGAAAUUCAAAAUAAGGAUGCGAUUGAUUGAUUCUCGGUUCCUUGAUUUGCUUCAGUCUGUGCCCAAGAUUCGGUCUUCCCAAUUCAACACGCAGCUCCCACAAUGGGAGGCAAUUGUGUCAAGCGUUGACGAUCAUAGUGCGGGAGAAAAUGACAACAGCUUUGUACCACCUGUAUUUGAACCAUGGGGUGAUGGGGACCAUUCAGAACCAGCGUUUUGGGACGAAGACGUGGCUAAUACUUUCGUAAACUUCAGUGAAAGGGACAGCCAUUCGAAUGAAUUGAAUGAUACUGCAGGACAAGAUAAUGAUGGCCAAAAUGUAACGCAAGAUGAACGCAAUUCACGACCACAGUAUGUCGUUGACGAAGAGCCGAAGGAUGAGCUGCUGGAUCAGUCCUUUCUCCCUGAUGUAGAAGGCAAUCUUGUGCAAAGCAUUGGUGAAAACAGUGAGGAACUGGGGUUUCUGGAUUCCCAUGGCCUGGACUCAGCCAUUGACAGCUUGGGGAAAGACGCAUCCCACUUGGCAACCGGUGAUCACGGCCAUAUGGACCAACCAGCGAGUCCGCUUUCUGAAGCUUCGAGUAGCAGCUUAGAACAGCAAGCAAAUUCAACAAUUGAUCUCGAUACUGAAGAGCUCUAUGCGGACCUAGCCAGUCUCGAUCUUACGACUCUGAAAGAUCCACCGGUUUACUCUGAUGAAGUGAAGAAUGGAGCACAAAAUCCAGACCCGAUACUCCUAGCCAAUCUUGAAGACGAGGGAGAAUCUGAUGACGAUGACGAAGCCGAAACUCAGCCGCUGGACGUGGCCCUACAGAGCCAUCGAGAACAUAAUGAUCUGGCGGUACAAGGACCGUCAUCAAUAUUCCAAGUGGAUGAUGAUCCGGGUGAUCCAAUGUGCAGCAUCACUAUUCCAGCUUCUGACGUUCAAAAGAAGAAUCACGACCACCACGGUCAACAGAAAGAUGACAAAGACUCUGGAUUUAUAUCUCAAGAUGGCAGCUCGACACGACGAGAAGCUUGGGCCGCUGCACAAUGUGUUUUGAAAACCUAUGGUCUCGUUGAAGGAUUCCCGAAAAAGGAGCGGCAAUGUGAAGGACACAAGGAUACCAUCUUUGGCGUCUCCUUUUCGGAAUGCGGCUCCUAUUGCGCAACGGCCAGUCAAGACUCCACCAUCAAGGUGUGGGACGUCCGAAACAAGACCCUGUUAGCUACUUUGGAAGGACAUUCAAAGGACUUCGAGUGUCUGCGUGUGGCCUGGGCGUCACAUUCGUGGUCCAACAAAGUAUUGGAUCGCAAUUCCAACUUUAAGUAUUUGCUGGCUUCUAGUGGCGCCGAUGGUACCGUUCGAUUGUGGGCCUGUCAAGAUCCUAGAAUCACGCCAGGUCAAAAAGGUGGGUGGCAAUGCUACCUGACGUUGGACCAUUCGCAAUUUGCGGUCAAACGCACCAGUGCGGCCGAGGCUCAAGACAAACCACAAAUAUAUACGUUGGAUUUCAUUAAUCACUGGGAAGCCUUUGACACCUCUGGAGAAGAUUCUUCGCCAAGCUCAUUUCUCAUUACAUGUUCGGAUGAUUAUCUACAUUUUUGGACUUUGGAUGGAUUGUCCACAUUGGAGCCCACGUGCCCCGAUCGGCUGACUCUGAAAGAAGUCAUAAGUCUUAAAUUUGGAUCCAUUGGUCAAUAUGGUUACGGUGUCAGUGUUACAAAUGUCACGGUGACUGAUCAUAGUACCACUACAUUGGAAGGUGACAAUGCUGAUUCUGCGGGAAACACUUUUGGUGGAGACCGCAAUCCCAACAAUGUGGUCUACGUCUUUGAUGCUUCCUUUUGCCCAGCCAAUGGACUUGUUGGCGUGGCUCUAUCCGAUGGAACUCUUCGUUUGAUCAAUGGCCGUGGCAUUUGUGUCUGCAUUCUCUGUGUCGCCAAUUCCCAAUCGCAUUUGAAGUCAUUUUGCUGGGAUCGAAAUGGGUCUCGGUUGGUCACGACUGUGGCCACGGGACAAUUGGUGUCCUGGGAAUUGCGUUUGAACGACGAGGCACAUCAAAAUGGCUACACCAAGGCAGACCAUGUAUGUACAUUUGAGGGUGGCCACGCAGCAGGCCGUCCUCUGUUUGGUGCUCGGUACUAUGGUGGAGACACCGAAGAGUUGAUUCUCUCAUGGAGUGUGGAUGGCUCAUUGUGUCUUUGGGAUUCCCAAUCGCAUGGCCAUGUGAAAUCACCAAUCGCCGUCUUAAGGCAAUAUGAUCACUCAAUUUAUGCUGUAGAAGUCCAUGCGAACCAAUCCACUGCGGUAGGAGGCGCCGAAAGCGACUGCUGUUCCCAUGGGGUUCCACUCUACCUAGAAGGUAUCCAGAUCCCAGCAUUGACAGCAGCAGUUCUCUUGCGAAACGUGUCAAGUCCACUCGAUAGUCUACACGCAGUUUCGCUGCCCAAGGAGGAGGAGGACAAGGCGCCUCUAUCCCCCAAGACGACCCAAACCUCUGAAACAGUUGCGGUUGUUUCUCCGCCAUCGUCACCGACUUUUGACUUUGACCAUUUGGUCCAACAAAUUGAACCCUUUGACGGCACUGAUCCAAUAUCAGAAAUUGAUCCCUUCGCUUGGGAUUUGGGAGACGACGUUGAAUCUCUGGUGCUGGACGACGACGAAUUGGCUGCCUUGUGGGAUAUUGGAGAGUCUACUAGUUUCGAGCCAACAGCAAUAAGUGAAACUGUUGUAGUCACACAAUCCCACGCAACUCCAACGGAACAAGUCCCGGAAAUAAAUUCAUCAGUGGAGGAAGAAACAGUCGACGCCAAGACUGAAGAGCCACAAGAAAAAGAGCCAGAAGAAGCUGUUUCGGAAACCAAAACUGACAACAACAAAGAAGAGGAAGAAGGCAAGAAGGAAAAACCAACUGGUCCGCAACAACAAAAGCAAGGAACAGACGGAUUGCCAUCUUAUUUAUAUUGCCAGCCCAUUGCGAAGAACGGAGUCGAAGAUUCACCACCACCUUGGCAAGAAAUUCCGGAGGAAACCAAAGAAUCAUCGUCGACACUCAAUCGAGAAAAACUGCUAGGCCAGUUGGCAGGUUUGGGUCUCGAGUCUCUGUCCCAGUUGGCAUUAUACUCGGACCGAUUGAAGGGAACUGACCAAGACAACCUUUUGAGUAUUUUAGAAGAGGUAACAGGUAUUGGGAACACGGAACGAGACUUGUUGGACUUGGAUGCAGAAGAUUUGUUUACCGAACUCAGCGAUUUGGGAUUUGGAGGUUUGGCUGAGAUUGCUCGGGAAGCUUCCUACGAACCAUCAACGCUCAUUUGUCAACCCUGUGCCCCCAAACCUAUUGAUCCUACGAGCUUGACCAAGGAAGAAGAAAAAGAAGAGUCAAUAAAGCCUGCUGCGGAUACCAGAGUAGAAACGAAAGAGGAACCAGAGUCAUCAACCAUACCUCCACCUGCAAAAGAAGAGACGGGAGGAAUAGACUCAAAAUCCACCAACAGUCCAGCUAGCAAAAAGGGAGACGUGGAAAAAGACAAAUCCAAAAUAGACGAGAGACUGCAAAUCCAACAGCAAAAGCUUGACAUGGGGACAGAGACAGCCCCCAAGAUUGUCGAGCUCCAAGAUGACAUUGGUGGAAAGCCAAAAGCAAGAAGGAGCGAUGGUCCAUCACAGCCACCGAAAAAGCCUCGCCCAAUCCCAUUAAAACCAACCACAUCAGUCACGGAAGAAGUGGAACAAGAGAGAACGGAUAAGGGAAAUGGCGAGAAAACACAAAGCGAAGAAGCCAAAACGGCAGAGAGUGUUCGACAACAAGCGGCUUUGCGAAUGACCUCUCAAAUGUUCACACCUGGUAGAACCAUUUCAGUCAAGGAUGAUUUGGAGAAGGAAAAGAGUCAAAAACAAGACGACAGAAAACCAGUUAAUAACGCUCAGCAACCUCCGGCGCAGCCAUCUGGAAAAGGUGCACCGUCCAAGAACGAAGCAUUUCUGGCUCGUCUCCAGAAAAAGGAAGCGGACAUCCAAAAGAGAGACCAGGAAGAACUGCAGGAAAGGCCACCAUUGCACGUCACAGAUGCCUUCAAAGGUUGCACGCCCUGUAUCCCCAACAACUUCCGCAUCAUAUCUACAAAGGAACCGGAAGAGAAGUCGACUGACAGCGAUUCAGAAGCUCCAACAGAAGCUCCAUCACAAGCGCCACCACAAGCGCAAAAUGACGAUAUUACCGCUAGCCAGCAACAUCCACAGCUGCGAGACAACCCAAGUGCACCACAGCAAGAGGAACAUCAACAAUACGAUGGCCAUGAACAGCAAUUUCAAAAUUACAAUCCAGCGAGGCCUGAAGCUUGGGAUGUUGCGGAUGGUCUCUUGAAGACGUUUGGACUUUUCGAAGGAUGCAAGAAAAAGGAGCAAAGCUGUUUUGGUCACAAAGAAAAGAUUUUUGGAGUUUCGUUUUCCGAAUGCGGAAACUUUUGUGCCUCGGCCAGUCAAGAUUCCACCAUUAAUGUUUGGGAUGUCAAGAAGAACAGUCUUUUGACUUCCUUGAAGGGACACUCGAAAGCCUAUGAAUGCCUUCGUGUGGUCUGGGCAUCACCGACAUGGUCCAGCCACAGCUUGGAUCGCACUUCCAAUUUCAAGUACUUGUUGGCAUCGAGUGGUGCGGAUGGAACAGUUCGAUUUUGGGCUUGUAAAGAUCCGAGGAUCAAACAAGGCGUGGAAGGAAGUUGGCACUGUUGUCUGACGUUUGACCACGCGGAGCCAUCGAGCCAAAAGCAAUCCGAGGUUGACAAGGAACUCGGUGCGAUUGCCGAAGACGAGGAAAAGGAAGAGGAGGAGGAUAAGGACAACGACAAGCCGCAAGUGUAUUCGCUACAGUUCAUUGAUCACUGGCAAGCCUUCAACAACAAAAUGGAUGGAGAUGCGCAGAAUUCCUUUUUCAUGACAUCGUCGGAUGAUUAUGUUCACUUUUGGGAACUGGAGAUCAAGUCUGGCAUGGAACAAGUGCUGACCAUGGGAGAAGAUCAAGAAAUAUCUUUGAAGCUUCGUCCCGAUGAAAUGGGCCUAAAGGAAGUAUUCAGCUUGCACUUUGGAGACAUGAACCAAUAUUUCUACGGUGUGGAAAUUGUGAAUGUUACCAAACAAGGUCUUGGAAUUGGCGGCGGCGGCAGCGGAGAUCAUACGAACGACUCUUCCCCUGCUAAAGCAUUUGGUGGAGAGAGGAAUCCUGAUAAAAAGGUCUAUGUAUUUGAUGCCUCAUACUGUCCCGCCAUUGGACUGUUGGGAGUUGCCCUCUCGGAUGGAUCCCUUCGUUUGCACAAUGGUCGUGGACAUUGCGUAUCCGUCAUGAACUUGCCCGGUGUGAAUUCUCAUCUCACAUCAUUUAGUUGGGAUCGUUCUGGAGAACGAUUGGUGACCACAGUGGCGACUGGUCACUUGAUUUCGUGGCACGUGCAUUUCGGUGAUGUCCAAGGGAACGGCAAUGCCAAGGCCGAGUGCAUGGCCAUUAUGGAAGGUGGUCACGCACCGGGACGUCCCAUAUUUGGAGCCAAGUAUUUGGGUGGAGAAUACGAACAUUUAAUUGUCUCUUGGGGCAUUGAUGGGUCGUUGUGUUUGUGGGACUCGUACUUGCAGGGCAACGUCCAGUCUCCCAUGUCCGUUUUGAAACAGGACGACGAAUACCCAAUUUAUGCAGUCGAUGUGCACCGGGAGAAGCAAGUAUUGGCCGUCGCAGGAGGAACCGACGGUGGUUUCAUUGGCACGCCAUUGUACCUGUACAACUACAAGGAAAUGAAGGAAAAGAAGAAGGAAGAGAAAAAGUCCCAAGAGAAGAAGCAAGAGCCUGAAUCAUCCGAAACAAAAGCCAAGUAG